AUUCACAGAGGCAGCCAGGUCAGAGCAGAUGACCAGGACCGACAAGUUUCCAACAUGCGCUCGCCACUCCGCGCUGCGCUCCAGUCCCUCGGCGCAUCUAGCGAGUCGCUCCUCGGCAUAGUUUGGACGCGCUAUAUCAUCUUUUUUCCCAUGUUUUACGCCACACAUCAUGCUGCUGCCAGCCCAGGGGGUCACCGCCGGGGACAAUUCAGUAAGUGGCCGAUAAUAACCGAGUCCGUCCCCGCGCACGGAGCUAUGGACUCUAGUUUGACCUGAACAUGGAAAGCCCAGGCAGGUACCUGUCUUCGGUGCAGGGGGUCGCUUCUGUCCCGGCGCCCCUCGGAGAGAUGAUGUGGAACGGUACUGGAACAGAGGUAAAAAACGACUCUGGGAAGGAUAUAGUGGUGCGCACGGUGACCGGCUGCCUGCUGUCGCUGCUCAUCCUGUGGACCCUGCUGGGGAACAUCCUCGUCUGCUCCGCGGUGCUGCGCUUCCGACACCUGCGGACCAAAGUCACCAACAUUUUCAUCGUGUCCCUGGCUCUGUCGGAUUUAUUCGUCGCCGUCCUGGUGAUGCCCUGGAAAGCCGUGGCGGAGGUGGCGGGGUACUGGCCGUUUGGCACUUUUUGCAACGUCUGGGUCGCUUUUGACAUCAUGUGUUCCACCGCCUCCAUCCUCAACCUCUGCAUCAUCAGCGUGGACAGAUACUGGGCCAUCUCGAGCCCCUUUCGCUACGAGAGGAAAAUGACCCAGCGAGUUGCCUUUGUUAUGAUUAGUGUCACUUGGACGUUGUCGGUGCUCAUUUCAUUCAUACCGGUCCAGCUGAAUUGGCACAAAGCCGCGGCUUUGGAGGACGUGGCCGGGGCGUACAACUCUUCCACGCCUCGGCAUAUCGAGGAGAACUGCGACUCCAGCCUCAGCAGAGAGUACGCCAUAUCCUCAUCGCUGAUAAGUUUUUACAUCCCGGUGGCGAUUAUGAUUGUAACGUACACCAGAAUAUAUAGGAUUGCACAAAAACAAAUCAGAAGAAUAGCUUCCCUGGAAAGAGCGGCGGAACACGCACAAAGUUGCAGGACCAACAGGAUAGAGUGCCAACACCACAACACCUUGAAAACGUCAAUCAAGCGGGAGACCAAAGUGUUCAAAACUUUGUCGGUCAUUAUGGGCGUGUUCGUGUGCUGCUGGUUACCUUUUUUCGUUUUAAACUGCAUGGUUCCGUUCUGUGAUAAAGCCGCCUCGGAUAGGGACGCGGGGCUGCCCUGCGUCAGCGAGACGACUUUUGACGUCUUCGUGUGGUUCGGCUGGACCAACUCCUCCCUGAACCCCGUCAUUUACGCCUUCAACGCCGAGUUCAGGAAGGCCUUCUCCAGUCUACUGGGCUGUCGUCAUUUCUGCUCCAACACGCCCGUGGAGACUGUGAACAUCAGCAACGAGCUGGUGUCGUACAACCAAGACACCCUGAUCCACAAGGAAAUCGUGAACGCCUAUGUUAACAUGAUCCCCAACGUCGUUGAAUGUAUCGAGCACGAAGAAACUUUUGACAGGAUUUCCCAGUUUUCCCACAACAAUGAAAACGCCACCGACUCCGUCUGUGACUUGGAGGACUGCGAGGCAGACAUCAGCCUGGACAGGAUGUCUCCAUUCACUCCUAACGGAUUACACUGACUCAACCCCGAGCCUGACUGGAUGUAUUGAUUAUAAUGUCAACGUUCAUUCAGCUCCUUCUCCUUCUCCACAGGGAGGCCAGAGGCCAGGUCUGCCCCGAGCUACAGGACAGCAGCCCCUUGCAGGUGCAAGAGGAGUUGGGGUGGGGGGAAAAAGUGUCUACUGAUCUUACUCAUUGACAAGUUUAUCUGGACACAUCUCUCUUCAGCCACAGGGCCAACCCUGCCACUGCUUUGUGUCAUAUAUGAGAUGUGGUGUUUUUUGUCCUGUUCUGAAAAAAGUGAUGUAUUGUGUUUAUUUACAUGAAAAGUGAAGUCUGUGUUCCUUUGUUAAAAGGUUCGGUGUUUGCUGAAGCUAUUGUUCACUCCGAGGCUUUGCUUGGAGCAUCAGUGUCUAAUGGACAUCCACUUGGGGGGAAAAUGUUUGUAAAAACUCACAAGAGAAUUCAAAGAGGAAACUUUUUCGCUGCUUAAUAUAACUGUGCCCACCUUUUUAUUGAGAAUGAAAACUGAGGGCAGCCUUACAGAUAGCACAACUAAGACAGUCAAAUGCAGUUCAUUCAGCGCCUUAUAGCUAAGUGAAAGAAGAGAUUUGAGACAUGGAGAGAAUGUGUCCUAUGGAGUUUAAGUUACAUGAUGCCAAAAUGCAUUAUUGAAGUGUUUCACUACUGCAACCACAACAGGGACUCCAUCAGCACACCUGCUUUGCUCCACGUGGACUGUUACACAGUUUGAUGCAGACAUAGAGAGCCAAAUGCUUUGAUGAGGUGAAAAGUGAUGCAAAAGCACAAAAUCCAAUGUGAUAAAUAUGUAAAGUCCGCCUGUGUGUACAGGCAUACUGUAGUUGUUCCUCAUUUGUGUGAUCUUUAAAAUUUUCAUCAAAGCCAAGACUACUGCAGUGGUUAAAAUUUGUCACUGACAUUCAACUCCUGUUGAACAAACAAAGGAGAAAGUACGUGAGAGAAAGAUGAGAAAAAUAAUCAAUGGUAUCUUACAUGACCAAAGACUUCAAAGAGUGCAUCAAUAACUCACAUUAAGUCCAGAGUGAUCCGCUGGAAGAAUUGUUUCUAUACAAGGCUCACAAAUGUGAGGCAACACAACAACAGGAUGUCAUAUUUCACCUCUCCUUCAUCUUUGUGCAGAUGACCUGAUCUGAAU